CUCAAAGAGAAAUAGAAGAAUGCAAUGCACCAUAUAGAGACCUCCUAAAUAAAACACAAAAAUAAAAAACAUUAUUUUCUCUCCCAUUUCCUCUCUUACCUCUUCUUCCAUUUCCUGUACUUUUUCCGCCUUAUUUUUUUUGUAUGUUUGUUCCUUUCACAUUUUCUUUUGUUCUUUGCUUCUGCUUUUUACCAAUGUGUUGUUCUGCUUCUCUUUUCAUUUGAUUACAGAAGCAGAACAUAAUUUGACUUUUCACACAAGUCUUGUUUUUUUGGCCAUGAUCCAUAUAUCCAUUUUAGAAGAAACUCGUUUUGGUAAAUAUUAGAGACAUACUUAGCCAUAUCAAAAGCUAAAAAAAAAAUUGUUUUUUUUUUAGAUCUAACAUUGUUUUUAUUUCUCUCUAUAGUCACUGACAUUCCAGCUCUGCUUCCAUUCUUUUGCGUGGACCGGAAGCAAAUCAUAAAAAUUUAUAACAAAACAAAUAUUCCUGUUUCUUUACCAAAGUUGAUUCCUUUAAACCCUUUUGGAUCUUGUAGUGUAAUUUUGUCUUAAACCACUGUUCACUUCUUUGUCUUCUUGUUCGUCUUCUCUUUUGUUUUUGUCAAAACUUUUAUUCAAAUGGAUCAUCUUUCUUCUAUCACUACUAUACCUGAUGCAUUUCAAGGUGCAAAAGAUGACAUCACCAUGCAAUUUUUGUUGAUUUGGAGUCAAAUAAAAGCGCCAUUGAUUGUUCCAUUACUAAGACUAGCAGUAUUUUUGUGUUUAAUCAUGUCGGUGAUGAUGUUCAUUGAGAGGGUUUACAUGGGGAUUGUGAUUACACUUGUGAAACUAUUUGGGAAAAAACCAGAAAAACGUUACAAAUGGGAGCCAAUAAAAGAUGAUAUUGAGUUGGGGAACUCUUGUUACCCUAUGGUUCUUGUUCAAAUCCCUAUGUACAAUGAAAGAGAGGUUUAUCAAUUGUCAAUUGGAGCUGCGUGUGGUCUUUCAUGGCCUUCUGAUAGGAUCAUUGUACAAGUUCUUGAUGACUCCACUGACCCAACAAUCAAGGAGUUGGUGCAGCUAGAAUGCCAAAGAUGGGCAAGCAAAGGUGUGAACAUAAAGUAUGAAGUUAGGGACAAUAGAAAUGGAUAUAAAGCAGGAGCACUCAAAGAAGGAAUGAAACAUAGCUACGUGAAACAAUGUGAUCUUGUUGCAAUCUUUGAUGCUGAUUUUCAACCUGAGCCUGAUUUCUUGUGGCGUAGCGUUCCAUUUUUGGUUCACAAUCCUGAACUUGGCCUUAUUCAAGCUCGUUGGAAAUUUGUGAAUGCGGAUGAAUGUAUGAUGACUAGAAUGCAAGAGAUGUCACUAGAUUACCAUUUUACUGUCGAACAAGAAGUUGGCUCUUCCACUUAUGCCUUCUUUGGCUUCAACGGGACUGCGGGAGUGUGGAGAAUUGCGGCGCUGAAUGAGGCUGGUGGGUGGAAAGAUAGGACCACAGUUGAAGAUAUGGAUUUGGCUGUUCGAGCUAGUCUCAAAGGAUGGAAAUUCUUAUACUUGUCUAACUUGAAGGUUAAAAAUGAAUUGCCAAGUACUUUCAAGGCUUAUCGCUACCAACAACAUAGGUGGUCUUGUGGGCCGGCCAAUCUUUUUAGAAAAAUGGUCAUGGAAAUUAUUAGAAAUAAGAAAGUAUCACUGUGGAAGAAGAUACAUGUAAUUUAUAGCUUCUUCUUUGUUCGGAAAGUCAUAGCACACAUCAAUACGUUUGUGUUUUAUUGCAUUGUACUACCUGCAACAGUUUUGGUACCUGAGGUUUCAGUCCCAAAAUGGGGAGCUGUUUAUAUCCCUUCACUCAUCACUCUUCUCAAUGCAGUUGGAACUCCAAGGUCACUUCAUUUAUUAGUCUUUUGGAUUAUGUUUGAGAAUGUAAUGUCUUUACAUCGAGCAAAGGCAACUAUUAUUGGUCUAUUGGAGGCUAGUCGAGUGAAUGAAUGGAUUGUCACCGAGAAACUUGGAGAUGCUGUCAAGACAAAAGUAAGAACUAAAGCACUGAAGAAGCCUCGUUUUAAGAUUCAAGACAGGAUUCACUUGUUAGAACUUGGUGUUGGAAUGUAUCUCGUCAUUUGUGGCUGCUACGAUGUUAUGUUUGGGAAAAAUCACUUCUACAUCUUUCUUUUUAUCCAAGCAAUGGCCUUCUUCAUAAUGGCGUUUGGAUAUGUUGGAACUUUUGUUCCCAACUCAUAAAAGGACUUGGCAUUUCUUCAUUCGGCAAUUUCAUUUUUUGUGCCUUCAAUAUCAAAUGUGGUGUAUUAUAUAGUGUUUUUAGCAUAGUUCUGGCAAACUACAGCUUGUUAGUAUAAAGGAAAAGAUUGUUAUUCUUUGAGGGUUUGCAUAAGGGUCAGUGACUUGUGAAGAGUUUAGUUUUCUUGUGAAUAUUCAGCAAAGACUUAUAAAGAAAUUAUAUAAAGUUCUUCUCGUGGAAGAGAAAUCUACAAAACAAGAAUGCAGCAGCAAGCUACUUGCAUCGAUUUCUUCUUGGGGAAGCAAAAAUGUUUUGUUGGAUGGAUUGUUUAUAAGAUUUUGUAGUUCAAUAUUUUUUCCCAGACUUGUAUUUGUUUGAAGAAAUAAGCAGCUCAAGAAAUUUGACAAAAUACAUAAAGUUCCAUUUGGCAUCUCCUUUUCAUGUGUCUCCUCUAUUUUAGUAAUAUUUGAUAGAGAUGUAAAUUGGGGAAGAAAUGUGUCAUGUGUCCUUUGAUGUGCAGGACACUAUUCCUUAUAGAAAUCAAAUAAAAGACCGGUGGAUGUUA